GAGACCAGGUAUGGAGGCUUCCGUGGCUUGGUCUAUGUACGGCAGUUGGUGCGAUCCGCUUCCAUCCGCGGAUUGGCGGGCCCGGGCGGCCUGGGGCUGAGUUUCCGGGCGGAUACGGGGAGCGUGGGGAGCCGCGGGAGGGCGGUAUUGGGGGAGCCGGGGAUUGGGUCAAGGCCCGGAUGGAGCCUCGGGACCGGGGUGUCCCGUGCGGGGCCGCGGUUGGGGCUCGCGCCUCCUGGUUGCAGCGCAUGCCCCGCACCCCUUUCUGCGGCCUUGCGAGCCGCGGGUGCCAUCGACAGGCCCCGGGGUGACGGGCUGCUCCGGAGCCGGUCAGGCCCAGACCUGCGGGGUGGCGGCGCCCAGGCAGGGAGAUGGGGAAGCCUGCUGCCUUCUAGUGACUCGUGCAACUUGUGUCAGACGAUCGGGAGAGCGAACAACGGGGCUUCUGGAUGGGCCUGGCGCAGCGAUGGUUACAGGGCUUCUGUUCAAUGGGCCGGAGACGGGGAGCAGACGGUUCUGGGGGUUAUGAAAGAUAUAAAAAAUGGUUCAGCGUCUGACAUACCGUCGUAGGUUGUCCUACAACACAGCCUCUAACAAGACCAGGCUGUCCCGGACACCAGGUAACAGGAUUGUUUACCUUUACACCAAGAAAGUUGGUAAGGCACCAAAGUCUGCAUGUGGUGUGUGUCCAGGAAGACUUCGCGGUGUUCGUGCUGUGCGCCCUAAAGUCCUUAUGAGGUUGUCAAAAACAAAGAAGCAUGUUAGCAGAGCCUAUGGCGGUUCCAUGUGUGCUAAAUGUGUCCGUGACAGGUAAUUUUUAAAAAGCUAAGCACCUUUAUCAUAAAUAUUGGUCAAAAAUGGGGAGGGUGGAAGAAUUACAGUUCAUAUAUUAGCAGUAACACAUUUUUCUUCUUAUAGGCCAAAUUUUUCAGACCUGGGUGCUUAAUAUUCUUUUUAAUAGAGUAUUUUCUUGACUGACUUGGAAUGGAUAAACAUGGGGCUAUGAAACUCAGCAGUGAUGUAAUAAUCUAGAUGUAUUUAUAUGUACAAAAUCUUGUCCCCUGGAUUCCAGCUGGUUCCUGUUUUACUGUCUUUUUUUAUAAAGGUUUUAGAUUCUUCAUUGUAAUUUACCAUCAAACAUCAUGACCUCCUUUCUGUAUAAACCUGAACCUUGAGUUAUGUUCUGAAUACUGAUCGAUACAGGAGAGAAGUAUAGUUAUUUAUGGACAGCAUUAAUGCCAAAGCUGACCCUGUAUAAAAGUAUGACACUAGUUAAUCUUCUACAGUUUACUGUCUGUCUUGGGGCUAAAUUGGCACUGCUGCGAUCAGUGCAGCAGCGUCGAUUUAGCGAGUCUGGUUAAGACAUGCUAAAUUGAUGGGAGAGUGCUCUCCCAUCCACUUCUGUAAUCCAUCUGAAGGAGAGGCAGAAGCUUUGUAACUUACAUGGACUUAGUGGCUUAGUGAAGACAAGCCCUUACUCUGUAUACAUAGCACAUAUUCUUACAACUCGGGUAUUUUAAAUAGUUCUGCCUAUCUUGUAUGAACAGUGACUAAGAAUAGAUAGAUAUAAGUUGAAGUGUUAGCUUUUUCUUGCUGUUCACUGAACCCAAGUCCUGAUAAUAUUGUCCCUGUUACCUGCACACUGAGCAUCUCGGCGUUGAUGUAAUGGCUUUGUUAUAUGGAUAAAUUUUACAGACCGCACAAUAGACGAAGGCCAUCUUAAUUAAUUUUAUAGCAAAGUGCCAAUGUGUAUUAGCCAUGUCAUAGCCAGAGAUAACAAAAAGGUCCCUGGUGCAGUGAGGCUUCGUCUGUGCGCGUAUUAGACCAGUUUGAGUCCAGAUCUCCAAAGUUAAAAGGUUAAUAUACUAUUCCCUGCCUGAUCUGUACUAUAACCAUUGCUAGCAAUUUUUUUUACCUUUAAGUGUUUUAAAAACCGAAUUGCACAGAUAUGUGGAAGACAUCAGGUGUGCGACUGACAUAACACGUAGUUCAAAAUUUUCCAUGCUAAAUGUGCCACCACGCCCCCCCUCCAGCUUGUUGAGGAUGCUAGCCCAUACACUGUGUUUAAUUCAUCUAUAUAAAAGUUUUCUAUUUGUGACUAAGACAGCCUACUACAGGUGUGAAUAAUGUGAAAAGCAGCUUUAAUCACAUGAAAUGUGUAUCUUUAAGAAGAAGAUAGUUCUGUACAGUUCAAAAAGGUGUUUUUUUUUGUUGUGUUUUUUUUAACUAAGUGUGAAGCACUAAUAUUCACAGCAGCUUGAAGGUAAAUUGGGUGUUUAGAUACAACUCCAGGAGGUGAAGGGAAGUUUCUAACUGUGGACACUUGAGCGCUACUGUGUUAUAUCCUACAGAAAAGGCAAUCUAGGGUCAGUUAAACUGUUUUUAAUAUUGAUUAACUAGGAAGGUGACAAUUCCAGGGUUCUUUGCUACUGAGGUUACAAAAUGAUUCUCUGUAUCAAGCAAAUAAAUCUGCAUAUGGCACUGGAGGGUUGGUGCUGCUAGUGGAGGGAGAAAAGAUCCUGACUAUCAUGCAGGAGGGGAGCAGGGGUUAUGGGCAACAGGAAGGAGCCACAGACUGGGUGUCAGUGUAACAAAUGUCUGCUGCCAUGUGGCAAGGCACACUUCUAGUAUUCUUAUUUUUGGGGUGGGUCUUAUAUGUAUAUUAAUUAGGGAUGGGAGGAGUAUUGUAUAGACAUGGAUUUGAGAAUCAGAUUAAUCCCAUCACUAGUAUUUGAAUUUGCUUAGGCUCACAGCAGCUUUUUUAAUGAGAUUGUAAACUACUCUUCCAUGUCACGUAACCACCUUUUGUAUUAGAUAGUAACUAGAAAUGUUCAUAUAGUAGAUUUGUGUUUGGGUAUGGAAAACCAUUAAGCAAGCUGUCUGGUGACUUAAGUGUCAAUCUUUUUAGGCUUGAGGUCUUCUACAUAAUGACCAUGUCUAACCUACAAAAUAACCAUGUUUAAACAUGACUGUGGCCUCUGUGUGCAUGAAGGGGGCGGGGGAUGGGAAGGAGAGAGCUGUUUUUAAUCCUGAAAUACCUAGGCCUUUGCAGUUUUCUGACUCUUUUUUCUGUCCACUUUGCCAAGAAAAUACUAUGUGAGGCCAAAAGCAUUUCUAAUUCAGAUGGUAUGGCUUAUUUCAGUAGUGCCGGGAGUGGUGAAGAAUGCAGUAGAAAAGGUUUAAAAUUGAGUUUUGGGUAUCAUUUUGUGCUUAAUAGCUGGGCUUGGAGAAACGUGUGCAAUAUCAAAGCACAGUUUAUAUAUUAAAGAGCUAACAAAGGCUUUUUCUCCUCCCUAGAAUCAACGAGCGUUCCUUAUUGAGGAGCAGAAGAUUGUUGUGAAAGUGUUGAAGGCUCAAGCACAGAGUCAGAAAUCUAAUGAUCUUUGUAUUGUCUGCCUAAUAAAUAAAAAUUCAACUUUCUUGUGUCCUCUA